AGCUUUCCAGGGACCAGCUACACUCGAUUGUAGGAAGCGAGGGUGCUUUGGGAGACAGGUGGCACGGCAUCGGAUUGAAUUUACAUGAGACCAUAGUGCCAUAAUUUAGUUUCAGCCAAAUAAAUGGUAAUGGGGAAGAAAGUCUCCAUCGCUCGGGAGGUCUACUGUAGGGAAGCAGAUAUCCAGUUUGAAGACGAGGGAGAAACGGUUGGUGUCGGUCCAGUCACCGUCAAAUUCCUUCAGAGGUUUUCAGGACACGGGCUGAGUCGUUCUGCGUAUAUAGACUCCUCUCGCCUCAGGAAAACCGUCUGGCUUCUCGUCUUCGUCAUCGCGUCGGGUUACAUGGUCUCCGGAAUCAUCGAAGUACUCAUGGCGUUCAUGUCGGGGGUGAAGACUACUUCGACAAAAGUACAUCACCCUAAAUCCAUUCAUUCAGAUUUCAAGUUGGACCCAGCAGGUAGUUGUCUCACAUUCAACUUCAACGGAGCAAGGGAAGGCCACAGCAGGAAAAAGGGAAAAUCAUCUUCAACCAACGGCAUGAGAAUCACCGAAGGACUUCAACUGAUACUGACAUCUCGUGUCGCGAACGGAUUCCGUCUCCUAAUUCGCCAUCCUGGAAUGCAAUACUUGGAUGAAUUGGAAAAAGGAUAUGAGGUAAAUUUGGGAACGAUUUCUCAUGUCCCCACCAAGAAGGUGGUGUUGCAGCGCCUUCUUCCAGACGAAGGUGGAAAUUGUGCCCCAGAUACCUACCUCGAGAAGCGAUUUGACAUGAACAUGUUCAACCUUGAAUACAAAUACGCCCCCAAUAGAGGAGACGUAUUCCUGGUCGUCCAACUCAGUGCAGAUGAGUCGCGACGAGGUGUUACUCCUGCAUUUCAUCUCCUGGAUGGCAGAGGCGAAAAGGAAGAACAUGAGCGACAACGAGCUGAAAAACAGGACUUUCUGUCUACAUCCGAAGUCUGCUAUUUCCGCUUAAACUCUUUGUUGAUUGAACAAUGGUUGAAUGACGAUACCAGUGUUUACAGAGAAAAUCUUGCAGUGGUGAACGUCUAUUAUGAGAGCUUUGCUGUGGAGAUAAUUACGGAACACCUUCAAUAUCCCUGGUCGACCUUCAUCGGUACGUUGGGAGGGAUACUGGGUCUCUACACUGGUCUGUCCUUCAUCUCGAUUCUGGAAGUAAUGGAAUGGAUUUUCAACAUCAUCUUCCAUGGUUGGAGGAAGCCUCGGCACGAGGUGAUGGGGCCCAAGCGACGAGUCCUCAUCACCUGGACUGACAAAAAAGGUGAACCGGAGUUCAGGGGUCCCCUCGUCUACACCCUUUCGCCCCUCAAGGAAACUCAGAAUGCUGGUUUCGAUCUUGCCUCUGCUCAGCGACCAUCUUAGAAAGAAAUUUGCACCAUGUACUCGUCACUUGGGGAUACAACCUUUCGCACUAUA